AUGGCAGAUAAUUCGGAUGAAGAUGUUGAAUCGCUGACAAAUCAUGAAACUUCACUUGAAGCUGCUGCAAAAGCCAGAAAACGACGAUUAUUAGCUUUGAAAUCAAAAAUUCAUGGAGUUCAGAUGGAGUAAGUGUUUGAUUAUUGUUAUGAGAGUUCAAAAACAUUUUUCAGAGAAGAAGAUUAUGAAACUGAAGAACAAAUAACAAAGAAAAGCAAGGAGGCUUCUAAAGAAUUCCGAAAUCACAAACCGACUCAAGAGAGUGUUGGAGAGCAAAAAACGCACGUCGAUCUCGAUAUUGUACAAAAUGAAAUUCAAGAUCAUCUUAAAGACGUUCUCCAUGAAAAACCCAUCGAAAGUGUCGAUUUAGCGAUGCUCGCUCCCCGAAAAAUCGAUUGGGAUCUGAAACGUGAUAUUGAGAAAAAACUUGCAAAAUUGGAGCGAAAAACACAACAAGCAAUUGUGACAAUUAUUCGAAAUCGGUUAGCAGAAGGAAAAGGAGAUCUCGCCUCUACGGUAAAUUCAAAUUCACAAGUGUGA